UAUAGUUCUGGUUCUCUCUUGCCAGUCGUGGCUCAUGUUAGCAACCUCCUGGUACGUGCGCAACUAAAUUUUGUACAAAGUUAAUUUGGUAGAAAUGAACACAAAUAGUUCUCUGAAAUGCUUUUGUUAGGGUGACCAUACAUCCUCUUUGUCCUCUUUGUCCUCUUUGUCAGACAUGUCCUCUUUUUUGGACAUUAAAAAAAGGGUCCGGACCUGAUUUCUAAAUUUGAGUAAAUGUCCGAGAUUCGGCUUUAGUUUCAUUAUGAUGUGUUUAUGGUCUAAAACUGCAUCAUAUGUGUGCAUGUUUGCAUUGCUUAACCCCUCUCUGUAAUUCCCGAUGUGCAGGACUGAUCAACAGUUACCGGAAACUUUGAGUUGCAGUUAUUGCUGCAAAAGGGGUCACACCAGAUCAUGAAAGAAAAGAUUCACAUACUUUUGCCACUCACAGAUAUGUAAUAUUGGAUCAUUUUAAUCAAUAAAUAAAUGAUCUAAUACAAUAUUUUGUCUUAUUUUUUUGGGUUCUCUUCAUCUACUUGUAGGACUUGUGUGCUUUCGGUCAUAUUUAUGCAGAAAUAUAGAAAAUUCUAAAGGGUUCAUGCACCACAACUUUCAUGCACCAAUGAAAUAUGCCAAAAAUGGGAUCAAGCUUCAAAAAUGGUAAGAAAGCCCUGUGCUUAUUGGGAAUGGGUGCAGGGGCAGGAGAGAUGGAACAAAUGAGAGUGGAGAAAGAAAAGUCAUUUUUAAGUGGAUAUUAAUACAUUUUGCUGUCAUAGUUGGCACUUUUCAAGAAAAUAAGCAAAAAUGGGUACAUAAAAUAAAAAAUGCACACAGUGGGUGGUAUAUUGAACACAGGGACACUGUGUGGCAUUUUUCCUGCCAAAUGUUGGUGUCACAAUUAUCAGUACACCACUGGAGACACAUGUAGAUGGAUUUUAUUUCAUUCCAAGAACACUUUUUCAAGCCUGACAAUCUUUUGACAGCUAUAAGAACGAUGUCUGCUAUAUUAAAAAAAGACAUUUCUCCAAUUGUAUGACAUACAAUUUUAAUCAUUAUGUGUAAGGUUUCUGCCCAACAAUUCUGGAGUUAAUUGUAUGUCAGAAUGGUGCUCCAUCAUAAGAGACCACAAUUACCAUGCUUACCUGUUUCACACACUAUUUAGUACAGUUGUACAUGCCAUGGUUUCUAUGGCAGCCUCUGUAAAGCCCCACCCACAGUGGGUCUAUAGGUCAGCCUUUUUCUUAUACUUCCACUGAUGGUACAUUAUGUUCACUAAACAUCUAAUCUACACAAAACACACACACACACACACACACACACACACACACACACACACACACACACAAAUUAGAUCCUCUGACUGGUGCGCUGACCAUUCACCCAUCCUCAACUCCAACAGCCACAUGGCUCAUCAAGGACAACAUCACAAAUUACUUAACUGUCCUGAGGAAAAUGAUGAGACACAGAGUGAGGAAUUCCAUUCUGGACUUCCCCUAGCUUCAAAGACCUCUCUCGAUCACUCCAUUCCCCUCAGCAGGGUGGUGGAAGGACAGACAUUUAGCCACCAACACAACCCUAUGAGCCCCAGUCUUACCCAGUCCUGUGUAAAAUUGAUCCAGCAUGAUCAAUUAACCAGACCAUGCCAGCAGGUGUUCUACCCCAACCGGGUUGAUACUGACAGAAAAGAUCAGAGAGCUCACCCCUGCUACCAUAGCAGAAGUCUUGGAGGAGGUCAAACGAGCAGUCUACCAUCGUAUUUGCCCUCUACUGAAAACCAGACUUACCUGGGUGCUGGUUGUGUUUUUCCCAGUUGGCAUCAUUUCCAUCCAGGUACACACAGCCUCAGCCUUAACAGUCUGGAUCAGCCUGGCUCUCUGCACUCUUUUCUCGCAACUGGAUCUACCAUACACACCAAUCAGGUGAUGCCACUCCAUGGCCUCCACAGUGGGUACUAUGGUCCAGUUCCAAACCAAGUAGACCCUCAGGAUCAUCUCAUCCCCAGGCCUGGAUAUCAGCCACCCAACAGACUCAAAGAUACUGAGCUAUUAGGAUACACACAUCCGGGUAUCAAUAAGAACAGUGCCGUUUCUUUUCGACCUGGACAGAAAAGUGUCCGCAGCACACAGCUUUCUCAGGAACAGAGUGAGUGUCUUAAUAAAAAAGUGUUUGUCACAUAUGAGGUAGACAGCGAAGAUCAUCUUAAAGAGGUCAUCAAGUUUGUGGCCUUAUUGAGGAACAACGGCUUUGACAUGCACAUUGAUGUUUUUGAACAGCAGCUCUACAGCAUCAGUAAGAUCGAUUGCAUGGAAAGAUAUCUCAAUGAGAAAGAUUACCUGAUUAUCAUGGUCAUUAGUCUGAAGUAUUUUGAGACAGUAACAGGUGCUGGCGUAGGUGUGGACUGUGAUGAGAGAACCUCAAACACUGUGUACAUCCACAAGCAGCUUCAGAGUGAAUUCAUUCAGAAUGGCUGCAGGAACUUCAGGGUUAUUCCUGUACUUUUUCCUGGGGCUAAAAAGAGCUACGUUCCCUUUUGGCUACAGAACACACACCUGUACAGCUGGCCCAGGGAUCGGGAUGAUAUUCUGCGCCGGCUCAUGCAGGUGGAGAAGUACAACCCCCCACCUGUCGGCUCACUGCCCACAAUCUUCUCCAUGCCUAUCUAACAACAGUGCAGCAGUAUCUUAGAACUAAAAUAUGGCCAGCUGUAUGAUGGGACAUGCACAGUCAGUAUACAGGUGCAUCUCAAAAAAUUAGAAUAUGGUGGAAAAGUUAGUUUUUUUUCUGUAAUUUAAUUCACAAAGUGGAAAUUUUAUAUAUUCUAGAUUCAUUACACAUAAAGUGAAAUAUUUCAAGCCUUUUGUUUUGUUUUGUUUUAAUCUUGAUGAUUAAGGCUUAUAACUCACAGAAAUAAAAAAUCCAGUACCUCAAAAUAUUAGCAGAAAGAAUUUAUAAUACAGAAAUGUCGACCUGAGAAGCGCUAAUAAACUCAAAACACGUGCAAAAGUUUCCUGAGCCUUUAAUCUCUCAGUCUGGUUCAGUACACACAACCACAAUCAUGAGGAAAAUGAAAGUAAAUGUUGCAUUUCAUUUGGAAAUCAAGGUCCCAGAGUCUGGAGGAAGCAUGGAGAGGAACAGAAUCCAAGUUGCUUGAAGUCCAGUGUGAAGUUUCCACAGUCAGUGAUAAUUUGGGGUGCCAUGUCAUCUGCUGGUGUUGGUCCACUGUGUUUUCUCAAGUCGAGAGUCAAUACAGCGUCUACCAGGAGAUUUUAGAGCACUUCAUGCUUCCAUCUGCUGAUGAGCU